AACGAAGUCUUGCACUUUUCCACUGUUCGUCGUCCGAAAAACAUUGUGCGUGAAAAAUAGUCAGGAAAAUCUUUCUUUUUUAUUAGUUUUUCCCAGUCAUUUCCUCGCGUAGUGAUCCCGAUAAUCGGAAGCAAUCGACGCUUUUGUGAGUCCCCGUAUUGUGGUGGUGUAAAAGUAGUGGAAACCCGCAUUCCGAGUGUUGAUUUCCGAUUGGACCCUAAAAUUUUCACCGUCCACACGAAGGCAAGGCAAGGAACCCCAUUCUGGAGCACUACUUUUUGAUACUACAGGUAGCAGGUACGGGAAUCUCGUUUCACGGCGGAUGGAACAUGCUGAAAUCAGAAGCCUGAUUCGUGGUUCGAGUGGAAUCGAGUAAAUCAGAAUCUAUCCGGCGUCUUAAUUUUCAAAGGACUCGAAGCUGAGUGUACUGAAUUAACUAUUGGACAGUGAAGAAAAGAAACUACUGUUUGAACCCACGAGAGUUAUUGAGGAGAUUAAACUGAGGAGCUGUAGCAGUUGGAUAAAUCCCAAAAGCAAAUCCACACGAUGGAGGAAUCAUACCUAAAGGAUUUGGAAACGGCGGCGCACAUCAUAAUGGCCCCUCCUACGGUGGUCACCAAAGAGCAACGCCAACAAUCGGAAAAUAUCUUUAUGAACUUCCGCAAAACCAAAUCCCCGUACGUCCUGUGCCAGACGAUCUUGGAGAAAUCCGUCGUCGAUUUAGUGCUGUUUGAGGCUGCCGACGUUCUUAAAAAAGCUAUCAUUGCCGAAUGGAAGUACAUUCCGGACCAGGACAAAGCAUCUCUCCGACAGUACUUGCUGAACUACAUCAUCCAGCGGGACAUUCCAGUUUUCAUCCGGGACAAGCUGCUGCAGGUGGUGGCAAUCAUGAUUAAACGGGCUAGCCUGGAGGACGUUGGCGCCGAAAGAGCACAGAUUAUUGAAGAGACGAAGAAAAUGCUCACUUCCGGUGACGUAAAACAGCAAAUCCUUAGCUGCAGUAUCAUAAUGGCUAUUUUGGAAGAAUACUGCAAUAUCGUCCGGUCGGAUGACACCGGUCUUACCACCUACGAGCAUUUCCGCGCAAAGAAGCAAUUUGAAGAUUCAGAACUGCUCAAGGUUUUUGUUAUGACACUUCAAUCGAUGGAGGAACUAAUCAAAAUGUAUGACGCCGGUAAUUCAAUGCAUUCGUAUCUGUUCAAGCAGAUGUUGUCGGUUAUGGAAACCAUUCUGACAUGGGGUUUCUUGCUUCCUAAAUUACAAGUGAUUCGUGUGCUACAACCAUCGCUGUCCAAGAAAAUCAUCGAUACCUCGGAAACGGUGACGAAAGCAUUGCACGCUCCUCCACUACGAUUACACGCCCAGUGGAAAAACAUUAUUUUUGAGCCUAAACUGUUGGAGAUCUUCUUCUACAUAUACUGGAAGACAAGAGAUAACGAGGAGCUGCAACCGAAAGCUUUGAUAUGCAUUCUUCAGUUGUCCACUCUGAAGGGUCCCAUCAUCACCGAGAACAAGGACGAAAGUAUGACCUAUCUGGUCAAUUAUCUAACGCAUUUCCUUUCCAUGCUUUCUACGAUCGAAAUCAAAGAGAAAGAAGCAUACAGUUUUUCACUUAUAUUGAGAAAAUUGCUUCAGCUUCUACCACGAGCAGAGAUCAAAGGACUUCCGAACAGCCUGUUUGAAGCUUACAUGCAACAAAACUUGACAUUAACGCUAAAAUUUAUUGAACUCUCCGCGAUGGAGGAAGCCAUGACCCCGGAUGAAACAGUGUACAUCGACGCUUUGGGCAACCUGCUAGAGAUUUGGCUACACAUUCUCAACGACAAGGAAAACUAUCCGAUCGAAGCUAUGGUACCCUUCAUCACGCAAAUGUUUGAAAAGUACAUUCAGUAUCACCUCGCUGCACCAGACGGAAUGCGAGGCGUUGGUCGAGAUGGAGAUUCAAUCGACGAAAUUGCCGAGUUUGAGGAAUCCGAUCGGGAGCGUUUCAAAGAGCAACUGAUCAUCAUCGGAUACUUUGGACGCGAAAUUUUAUCACAUUCAUUACCAUUGCUCUCGAAAUUGUUGGAGGAUCGAACUCGAAGUUUGGGAACCCAGCUUCAUAUGCUUCAUUCGACUAAAACAAUGGACGCAUGCAGUUCGAAAACUUUGGUAAAUCUUUUUGAGGACAUCCACUGGAUUUUGUUGAUUACUGGUCACGUAUUGGCAUUGGAAGCGGAUGGAGAAUCGGCAAUGAUACCGACGGAGAUUCUGCAAUUCUGUAAUCAGUGCGUUGCCAACAAUGUAACGGAUGUGAACAAUAGCUUAAAGCUGUUGGCUUCUCCCAAUCAAGACAUUCAAGAGAUUGCAAACGCCGAGGUCAAUGCAGAUCCGGUGAUCCGAUUGAUCGCUGCUGGUUUCCGACUGUGCGAGCUGGAGAAGAGUGCCAUCGAAGUACGGAUGUAUCAGUUCCUUAGUCCCGAGUUGAGUACUACAUUAGUAUGGUUCCUGCGGCGAUGGUCCGAUGCGUAUCUGAUGCCGCUCAAUGAAGAUACGGUCAGUGCAACGUUCAAACAAGCCUUCGGAGCUGGAUCUCAAGGUUCGGUUUGGGUAAUAAACUAUCUCCUGAACAAAAUCUGCCUAAAUGCUCAGUAUCUUCGAGCGGAACAGUCCGUCAUUGAGGAAACAUGUGAUCUGUUUUUGGUACUGCUUAGCCGGAAACCACGCUGCCAAGCUAUUUUUGGCUCGGAAUUCUUCCGAUCAAUUUGUGAUCUGAAAAGUGUAGACCUGCCGGUAUCGAUCAAACGAAAACUGUUGAAAGGUUUCGUAAUGGUUGGAGCCAGCGUGGAGAACGAAGAGCUACGAGCAGAUUACUUGGGGAAAAUCCUUCAACCCAUCGAAGACAAGUACAAAAUGUUGAUCUCACAUCAAAAUUUCCAAUCCGUCUACCAGAAUGAGGAUGUUAAACUGAAGGUGAUCGAAAUCCUGGAAGAGCUGAUCGGGUGCGUACAGGGCGCCUACUCUAACUCGUUGACGAUCAUUUUUACCAAAAUUCAAGGCAUUUGCAAAGAGAUUCCUACUUUCUUGAAUUUGUACCAUAAUUAUACGAUUAUUGUCGAGCUGAUUUUGGAGCUAGUUUGUGAGAUCGUGUCCAACAUUGCCAACGUAUCCUCGGAAAAAGCCAUCAGGACGGCCAUCUUGGAGUGCUGCUUCUCGGUGAUCCGAAUCUACGUGAAAAACAACUCCAACCGUGUGUCGUUGGAUACCGCCAACCAGGAUAGUGAUCCGGUGGAUCUGAUUCUUAUUCUUAAACUGAUCAACCACCUAACGUCGAAAUUGCUCUUCACGGAUGACUUUGCCGGUUCGGAUGAAACCAAUGCUCAGUCGUCGGAGAUUUGUAUUUUUGGUAUCACGCACAUCGUACCACUGAUCACGAUCGAUCUAAUCAAGUAUCCAGAUCUCUGUAUGCAAUACUACAGCACGAUCACAUCGUUCAUCGAGGAGAAGUCACAUAUUAUUCCCACGUUGCAUCCAGACUUGCUGAAACAGCUGCUGGGAUCGAUCGAGCUGGGCCUAAGUUCCUUCACUUCGGAAAUCGAGUGCAAGUGUUUGGAAUUCCUGGAAAUCUACGCCAACAGUGUGUACUUCAACCAGGAUCCUCAGGCACCGAUGGCUCAACUGCUGCUUCCGUUCCUCAAGCUGAUGCUAGACAUGAUCUUCGGCCAAAAGAUUGAUUUGAACAACACAAUGGACUGGUACCGGACGGUGUUUGUGAUGAUCUGUUGUUUCCCGGAGCAUUACAAGGAAUUGUUGCACAACUUCCUCAGCGAGCAGUUUGAUUCGGAGGCAAGUUUGGGCAAGGAUCUGGUUGAAAGUAUGGCCACGGUAAGUAAUAUUGAGUUCGUUAACAAUCGGUUAACAAAGUCCAAGUUUAUCGAUAAAUUUGACAAAUUUGUCGUGCUGGUUAGUACAAUGGUGAAGAAAUAAACUGGUUUUAUUUUACUAUUUGGUUACGAGAAAUUGAAUAAGGAAAAAGAAUAUUGCUUUUUUUUUUUGAAACAGUAAAUAUGACUAUCUCUUUUUUGUGUUUCUCUAAAAGUGAUAAUGUACGCUAGAAAAGAUAUCUGCUGUUCUAACAUUUACAUUUCAAUGCUUGAAAGAUAAGAUUCGAGCAUAAACGAUCGAAGAGCACAAAUGAAGAGAUUGACCUACCAGAAACAAAUGGUAACACCAAAAGUCCGGUCGAUGGGUAUCGAAUGAUUGUACUUGUAGAUUAUAUAGGAAACUUUAACUAUGUACUACAUUUGCCAUGUACUGAAGGCAGUUUUGUGUCUUCGUGUUAUGUUAUUCUGCGUUUACUUUUUGUGAUCGUCUUUUAAAUGUAUUGCUAUUUUGAGAAACUUUUUUUUAAUGGGAAUCGUCGAAUGUUUUCUGUAGUACGAUGGAGGAUAGCGAUCGAUCUUGUAAAUCUGUAUGUAGGUAGGAAUGUGUACUUAGAUAGGGGCAUGAACAUAACAGCCAUUUAUUCCUCUUUGUGCGAAUUUCGGUCCAAUCGUUUUUGUUUCAUGUUUUAUCGUUAUCAUCUUUAAACAUUUCGACUUUAAGUAGAGAACUGUACAGUUUUUAAAUAAUUCCAUGGCCUUUCUCUUGUUGAUAGACAUGAUCUUACUCUUACUGACUGUCCUAUAGUCUGUCGAAAAAAAAAGAAUCACUUUACUCUGGAGCACUGUGCAAAGCUUAUGGCAUACAACACAAUCACUUAACAGUUGUAGGUUUACUUUUUUUCCUUUCAAAUUUAAGAAAGUCCUCUCGAAGAAACGGAAACUCUCACGUGGUACGAUUAGGUAACAAAACAUACAUUGUCAUAAAAAAAUAUUAUCGGGAAACGAUCUGAGGGAGGUUGGAUUAGGAAACAAUGUUUUGAGGUCGAAUUUUACACGCACUUUUUGCAUAACUUUUUAGUAACAGUAUCAAAGUAGUGAAUCAAAAUGAAGUAAAAACUAUAUAUUUAUACAAAAGAUGUAAUGUAAUGACGACAUUAAAAUAGUUUUUUGAAUGGAUGAAUAACUUAACGAUCUGUAACGUUUCAGAAUGAACGUCUGAUGUGGAGUUAUUUCAUGUAACGAAAUUGGUAUGAAUUUGUAAACGACUUUCGAUUAUUUAUUCACUUUAUUAUACGCUUCGCUGUUGAAGAGAAAUCGGUCAGACACUAGAGUAUAUUUUACCGUAUAAUUAUUAUAAUUAAGCGUUACAUUUUAUAAAUAGGAUCAGAUUUUUACCAUCGUUAUGUGAACAAAGACUAAACUUCUUAUACCGUUACAUUCAUGUGUGCAUUCAUUGUGCAGCGAUUUUGUGGUGUCACCAAAAGAUUACAUUCAUCAGUUUUUAUUUCGUGUGUAGUUCAUUAGAAAACGUAAACCAUAACAUUUUCUAUAUUUUGAAACCUUGUGAACCUUUUAGAAGCCAUUACUUGUAAAGUUUUUGCGAAAGUACAUUGGACAUCAUCUUUUUCGUGUAAAUAACGUUUUUGUCGGUCAUAAAGUACGUGUUCUGUUGUACUAUAUAUUUAUAAGCCAAGCAUCUUUCCUCGGAAGUGAAACAAUUUAUCUAAAACCCAAUAGAGAUUAUCGAAAUAAAAUUGGAAAAAGUAUAUUUCUCCUUUCUAGUUAAUAUCUACAACACCCAGAAGACAGCCCAGUUUACUUCUGGAGUUUGAACAAAUUGUUGAAAUUUUACUGGCACUCUUUUGAAAACAAUCAAACAUUAGAACACACAAGCAUGAAUACCCAAAACCCAAUCUCUCUUUCGUAGAAUAGAUGGUAAGUUUUAAACAAAGUCAUGAACAGAUAUACGCGCAUGUGUACAACAAAUACAAAUACACCUAUCCACAAAGCAAAAGAACAGCGUUAGAGAAAUGCGUUCAUUCGUAUCAAUAUCAAUUCCCAACCGGAAACAGCAAUCCUGUUCGGUGCUCAAGCCGAAGACAUUGAAAACUAAGACUCGAGAUCAGAAAAAAGCAUUUUGCGCACUCGAAUCGCACGUAACCGCGCAAACCACGCAUGGCAGCAGUUACCGUGCCGCCGUUAGCUCAGUGCUGGAUACGUGUGAAUCGAUGUAACUUAUUACUUUCUAAAAGUACAAAAUAACCAGUCACAUG